AAUUAUGUGCACUGGCACUGGCAGCGCUGAGCAGGUCAGCCAAGAGUCUCAUUUCUUGAUGGCAUCAUCAUCAAGCACUAGCAAGGGCACAAACCCAAGAUAUGCAUUUGAGUUAUCAGAUGUCACAUCAAACAGCGGGUCGAGUGGUCCAUGGAGAGCGAGUUAUCUGCGAGAUGCUCAAACAAGCUCUGGUCCUUCAACCCACGUCUUGACGAGUGUUGGCACAUCUCGGCUUAAUGCUUCCUCCUCCAAGUUCUCAACUCCGCGCACAUCAACUAGUGUGACUGGCCCAACCCCUGGGUCUAGGAGUUCACGACAGACGUCUUAUAGAGGUUACAGUAUAAGCUCCAACACGCCUGCCACCGGACCUCAAUCUUCAAACUUAGUGGCGAUUGUUGAAGGCAGAGGUUUAGCGCAAGGUGAGAUUGGAAUGGCCAGUAUUGACUUGAAGCAACCGGAGCUGAUCCUUUCACAGUUUUCAGACAGUCAGAGCUAUGUCAAGGUCACCACAAAACUUCAAAUAUACCAACCUAUUGAGAUUGUCAUGCCAGUCACAGCUUGUGAAGGCAGCAUGACCAAACUCUUCAAGCUGAUCACUGAUAACUUCCACAACACCAGCAUUGCCACUGUGCAGAGGAAGUACUUCAAUGAAACAAAAGGUCUACAGUACAUUAAACAUCUGUGCGUUUCUGACUUCAUCACUGUUGAAAUGGAAAUAACAUCAAAGUACUACUGCUUAGCUGCCGCUGCAGCCCUGCUGAAGUACGUUGAGUUCAUUCAGAAUGUGGUCUAUGCUCCCAGCUCACUCAAGGUGGUGUUCAGAGGCAGUGAGCAGUCAACAAUGAUCGAUGCAACAACAGCAAGGAAUUUGGAGUUGGUCCAAAAUAUGAAAGAUCCUAAAAGUCAACACACGCUCUUUGGGAUCUUAAACUACACCAAGACAUUGGCCGGAGCACGUCUGCUAAGAGCCAACAUACUUCAACCACCGUGCGCUUUGGAUACCAUCAUGCUACGGCUGGAUGUUGUUACCGAACUGACCAAAAACGAAGAGUUGUUUUAUAACCUCCAGUCAGUCCUGACCCGGUUCCUAGACGUGGACCACCUCCUGUCUCUGUGCGUUCAGAUCCCCAAGCAGGAGACGGUCAAGACAGCCGAGGCCAAGAUCACCAACGUCAUCCACCUCAAGCACACCCUGGAGCUGGUCCCUCCCCUCAUGAUGGCCCUGGAAGGCUCCAAGAAUAAACUCCUGCUAGCCUACUUCAAGUCACUUGGUGAUGAGAGAUUCAAUACAAUGCUAGAGAAGAUCCACACGGUUAUCAAUGACGGCACUCGCUAUCAGAAGGGCAUCCUGAACAUGCGGACCCAGAAAUGCUUCGCUGUCAAGCCAAAUAUCAACGGACUGCUGGAUGUAGCCAGACGUACAUACACAGAGAUUGUGGAUGAUAUUUCAGACUUGAUCAGUCAGUUGGGAGAGCAGUACAGUCUUCCCUUGAGGACCAGCUACAGUAGCAACCGGGGUUUCUUCAUUCAACUCUACUGUGGCAACAAGAACCCCAUCUCGACUGACUCCAUGCCUCCCAUAUUCAUCAAGGUGGUGAAGUCUAGGAACACUAUCAGCUGCACCACAGCAGAUCUGAUAAAGUUGAAUGACCGAAUUCGAGAAUCGCUGAAUGAGAUCUACUUGAUGACAAACAUAGUUGUGAGCGAGCUGUUGAAUGAGAUCCGUGAGCAUGUUGGUUGCCUGUAUAAACUCGCUGAGUGUGUCUCUACAUUGGACAUGCUGGUGGCGUUUGCACACACUUGCACCUUGUCAGAGUAUGUGAGACCUGAAUUCACAGACACGCUGGCCAUCAAGAAUGGAAAGCACCCCAUCCUAGACAAGAUAUCCUAUGAGCCGCAUGUAGCCAACAACACUUAUGUCAAUGAAGAGAGCAACUUUGUCAUCAUUACUGGUCCCAACAUGAGUGGCAAGUCCACCUACCUCAAGCAGUUGGCCCUGCUUCAAGUCAUGGCUCAGAUCGGCAGCUUUGUGCCUGCCGAGUGCUCUUUCUUCCGAGUCUGCGACCAGAUCUUCUCACGUAUCGGCUGCGACGAUGAUAUCGAGACCAAUGCAUCCACCUUCAUGCUCGAAAUGAGAGAAAUCAACUACAUCGUGCAGAAUUGUACCAACAAGUCGCUUAUCAUUAUUGAUGAACUUGGCAGAGGUACCAACAGUGAGGAAGGCAUAGGCAUCUGCCACGCCAUCUGUGAAUACCUCCUCAGUGUGAAAGCCUUCAGCAUCUUUGCCACUCACUUCAUGGAGGUGGCCAAUUUGGACGUGCUCUACCCAAAUGUGGAAAAUUACCAUUUUGAAGUGGAGCAUGAAGGGUCAACCCCCAGAGGAAAUAAGAGAUUGGCGUACACGCAUGUACUGUCCAAAGGACGCACGGAUGAAAAACACUAUGGAAUCAAGCUUGCAGAGAUCUCCAACCUACCAGAGUCUGUGGUGACUGACGCCAAACAAAUGUGUGAAACAUUGUCUAAGCAGAAAAGGCAACAGCACGCAGCAGACCACGAUGACCAGGACCAGCGAGUGGUCUACCGACUGGCCAGGAGGCUGAUGCAGGCAGCGCGCAACUCCAGACUAGACGAGCCCAGCCUUAGGUCCUACCUCGCCAACCUCAAGGCACAUUACCUGAAGGAACUCCAGGCAGUAUCUGAGGAGUGACGGAGUACUGCAGUCAGCUAAGUGAACAAGUGAUACCAUUGA